AUGGCGUUGUACAACGACGUAACAAAACUGUCUGGGAAGAACAACUUGGAGACUUGGAAGUUCGAAACAAGCAUAGUAUUAAAAGGCCUAGGAUUGUUCGAUAUUGUAUCUGGAAAAUCACUAGAACCAAAAGAAGAUAAGGCACUGGCCACAUGGCUGAAAUAUGAUGCCAAAUCCCAGUCUGUUAUAGUGACGCGCAUGGAGUCAGGGCCGCAAAUUCACCUACCAUUAUGCGAUGGUGGUGGUGGAUGAAAGAAAAACGAUAAUAAAAAUAAGCCUGAAGAAACCAUAGCUCUAGUAGCAGGUGAAGAAUUUAAAGAUAGUGACUGUUGGUAUAUGGAUAGUGACUGUACUCAUCAUAUGUGUAAAGAUAUACAAUAUCUUGAAAACUAUGAGAAGACUAAUCAUGUCAGCUUGGUGCAAGUGGGGGAUGGAGCUAAAGUUCAUGUCAUGGGUGUAGGAAACAUAAAAAUGAAAGCAUUUAAUUCCAAAGAUUGGUCACUAGUAAACCUUGAAAAUGUACUUCACGUUCCUGAUAUGAGAGCAAACCUAUUUUCUGUCACAUCAGCUUUGGACAAAGGACUUAACAUGAUUUCCACUAGUGAUGAAACCAAGUUCUUGAAAAACAAUAAAUGUAUAGUGAUAGCUAAACGCAAAGGAAAGUUGUUUAAAAUGAUUUUUUGGUAA